CCUACGGAGCGAACGCAGGAAAAAGCGGCGAGCCAGCCGCAUCUUUCAGUGUCCACUCGUCGUCCGUCGAACGCAUUAAUUGCACCGCCGCAAGAGCGAACGUAAUUGUGUAUCAUCCGACGCAGCGCCCAGCAGACGCAGACUGGCCAUGACGAGCGCAGCCGAGCAGGGCUACUUGAAGCCGGAGGAGGCGGCCGAAAAGUCGCCGAUGCAGCAGUUCUACGCCGAUAAGAGCAUCUUCCUCACCGGCGGCACCGGAUUUAUGGGCAAAGUGAUAUCAGAAAAGCUGCUGCGCACAUGCCCUGACAUCAGGACCAUUUAUCUGCUCAUCAGGCCCAAGAAAGGCAAAGAAAUCUCCGCCAGAUUCGAGGAAAUCUUCAGUGACCCUGUGUUUGCACAGUUGCAAGAAAAGAACCCUAAAUUCGCAAGCUGCGUGGUGCCGGUGGCCGGCGAUGUGGCGCAGAAAGGGCUAGGCUUGAGCGAGGAGGACCGCCAGACCCUGAUCGAGAAUGUGAACAUCGUGUUCCACGCGGCGGCCACCGUGCGCUUCGACGAGAAGCUGCGCCUAGCCAACGCCAUCAACGUCCAGGGAACCAAGGACAUGCUUGCCCUCUGUGCCCAAAUGAAGAAUCUCAACGCUGUGAUCCACGUGUCCACCGCCUACUCAAACUGCAACCUCAGGGAAAUAAAGGAAAAGUUCUACGAGCCGCCGAUUUCGCACGAGAAACUGACGCAGUGUGUAGAGGCCUUGGACGAUAACCUUCUUGAUGGAUCAACUCCUGUGCUACUGCAAGAUUUUCCCAACACAUACGCAUUCACGAAAAAUGUCGCUGAAGAUGUCGUGAAGGAUCUUGGAAGGGACUUGCCUAUUGCCGUUUACAGACCAGCCAUCAUCAUUGCGACGUGGAAAGAGCCCGUGUCUGGAUGGAUAGACAACGUGUAUGGCCCAACGGGUGUGGUGGUUGGCGCGGGGUUGGGCAUUCUGCGCACCCUGCAGGCCGACAAGGAAAUGGUGGCCGACCUGGUGCCCGUCGAUAUGGCCGUGAGCGCCCUGAUCGCCACGGCCUAUGAUACCGCCGUCUCCGCGAGGAAAGCCGGCGACGAGAUCCCGAUCUACAACUAUGUAUCGUCGCCAGAGAAGCCGAUCACGUGGGGCGAGUUCAUGGAGUUGAACUACAAGAACGGCGUCAACAUCCCCUCGAUGAAGGCCAUCUGGUAUUACACGCUCACCAUCAACAAGUUCAGGAGCCUGCACCUGCUUUGCUCGCUUUUCCUGCACUUCCUGCCGGCACUGCUGGUCGACGGAGUGCUCAUGGUCAUCGGCAGACAGCCACAGAUGAUGAAAGUGUACAAGAAGAUCCACCGCUUCGGCGACGUCAUCGCCUACUUCAGCACGCAGCAGUGGAACUUCAGCAACCAAAACAUGCAAUCGCUGUGGUCACGGAUGCACCCCAAGGACCAGUAUCUCUUCAACUUCAGCAUGAAGAACAUGGACUGGGAGGACUACUUCAGGACUCACAUCCUCGGCCUCAGAAAGUACCUGGCCAAGGACGACCCCAGCACCCUGCCCGCCGCGAGGAAGCGCUGGUUCAAGUUCCUGGUCGUGCACAGGUGCAUCCAGGGCGUGGCAAUGUACGUCGCCAUCAGGAUCCUUUGGUCUCUCCUCAGUUACAUUUUUUUGUAAAUCUCCUCCAAAGUCGCUUGUACAUAAUGUAUACCUCAUACAACUUGUGUGUUACUUGAAUAUAAGACUUUUUUACAUGUGAAAAUAUAACAAGCUUUAUUAAACAGUGUGUUCCUUUUACUUGAA